AUGACGGCUCGAUGUGCGGGCAGAGCUUUACCAGCCAAUUUAGCUCCGCACCCAUAUCAGAAACCACCACUAAGGCACCAGUCAGGAGCCUGGCCCGAUAAUCUGAUCCCUCAGUGCAAAAGCUACAAGGGCCAAAAUCAACCCUCGGUCUGGAGGAAGGACAGCACAACUAAUACGCUAUUUCCGCCUGUCCUACGCACAAGACCCGUAGGUAACCGUGCGCCCACAGAUGGUCUGCCUACUUUCAGUGAAGCGAAGUCCAGUGGUUCUAAUCAAUCUUCCCCCAAGACACCAUCUAGUGAGAUCUCGGAGAACGGUGAACUCAUUAUCUAUCCCGGUGAGGUCUACUGCCGUGUUUCUGCCUGCACGAACAGAGUACAAGUAGUUCCCUAA